GGUGCACAGCUGCACCGCUCUCCAUCACUCCUGCAGCCUGGGGAUCAUCUGCCAUGUCCUACCCACAGCUCGGGUACCCCUACUCCUCCGCUCCACAGUUCCUCAUGCCCACCAACUCUCUGACGUCGUGCUGCGAGUCUCGUGCUCGCUCCGUGUCCGAGUCUGGCUCGUGCGCACCGGCCCCGGCUCCCCCUCCUCCUCCUCCCCCCCCUCCCCCGCCCCAGGCUCCGGUUUACUGCCCCGUGUACGAGAGCAGGCUGCUGGCCACCGCGCGCCACGAGCUCGGCGUCUACAGCAACCCAUACACCAGCGGACAGGGCUACGGAAAUUACGUCACAUACGGCACUGAGGCCUCAGCGUUUUACUCUCUGGGUGCCUUCGACGCAAAAGACAGCGCUGCUUCUGCGAGCAUCACCCAGGCCGCGGCUGCUGCGUACUACCCCUACGAUCCCACUCUGGGGCAGUACCAAUACGACAGGUAUGGCUCGAUGGAUGGAGGGACGAGGAGGAAGAACGCCACACGCGAGACCACGAGCACGCUGAAGGCCUGGCUGCAGGAGCACCGGAAGAACCCGUACCCCACCAAGGGCGAGAAGAUCAUGCUGGCCAUCAUCACCAAGAUGACGCUCACGCAGGUCUCCACGUGGUUCGCCAACGCCAGACGGAGACUCAAAAAGGAGAACAAGAUGACGUGGGCGCCGAGGAACAAAGGCUCGGACGAGAAGAGAUGCGGCGACAACGAUGAUGACGGCUCUCCAGAGGAGCAGAUCAAAAGUGACGCGAACGAUGACGAGAGCCGAAGUCGAGACGAAAAGGACCUUCAGCUGAGUGACCUGGACGACUUUGAUGCCAUCGAGUCAGAGAGCUCCGAGUGCGACAUGAAGCAUCAGUUCCACGUAAACGCCCACAUGAACACACUGCCUGAGCACCUCAAGGACACUUCCCUAAAGCUACCCUCGCUCGAAGGGGACACUUUAAAGUUACCGUUGAUUAGAACCUCAUUGGAAAGAGACACCGAUUUGCCCAAAAGCUGCCUGAAAACUCCGAGCCGAGACUGCGAGCACAAUCCCAACGGGAAUACCAAAAUUUGUUUCCAGCAAGACCACCAGACUCUUGAUAGCAAGCCACGGAUUUGGUCAUUGGCCCAAACCGCCACCUCCCUCAAUCCGACCGAGUUCUCGUCAUGCAUGCUUCGAUGUCAGCCGGCGAUCCCCGGUUCAUCCUCGCCGCCUGGUAAAGUCCCGGACAAGCAGCAGGACUCGCCGGUCACCACGUUGAGACACUGGAUGGAUGGCGUUUUCCAUGAUCCCUUAUUCAAACACAGCACUUUGGACCAAGCGCACAACAGCAACACGGCUGUUUCCUGGAGCACGACCAAAGGCUCGAUCCUGGAGAGCGCAGCGCAACGCGAUUAA